AUAACUCCCACCUUUUUAAUCCACCAUUCCCCACUCUCCUUUCUCUCUCUCUCUCUCUCUCUCUCUCCUACUUUCAUUUUCUUUACAUUGUUUUCUCCUUCCUUCCUCCUCUUCACUUGUCUGUCUCUUCUAGCCUAGAGAGAGAAAAAAAAAAAAAAAGGAAAAAUGGUGGAUGAGUUCAUGGUGUGUGUAGAUAGGAUCAUAAUAGCAACAACAUGUUUUGCUGAUUCUUCAAAUGGAGAAGCACUUUUGACUAGUGAUGAUGCAAAUGCCAAUUCAAGAAAGACAGAUGAAAAAACAAUUAGCAACAACAAUAAUAGUGGUGGUAGUGGUAGUGGAGAGGGUUGUUCAAAGGGUAGUGUUAUUAGAGAAUGUAGAAUUUGUCAAGAAGAAGAUGAUGAAACUGACAUGGAAGCUCCUUGUGCUUGCAAUGGCACUCUCAAGUUUGCUCAUAGGAAAUGUAUUCAGAAAUGGUGCAACAAAAAAGGUGAUAUAACCUGUGAAAUCUGUAAUAAGGUGUUUUCACCAAAUUAUACCCUUCCACCUGCAACGAGUAACCCUGAUGUAAUGGCAAUUGAUAUCAGGCAAGCAUGGGGACCAGGCAUGGAUAUUCGAAAUCCUCAUUUUCUUGCUUUUGCUGCAGCUGAACGUCAAUUCCUGCAAUCAGAGUAUGAUGAUUAUGCCAUUGCUAGCAGUGGGAGUCUAGCAUCUUUCCGCUAUGUUGCAAUCAUUUUGAUGCUACUAUUGUUGGUAUGUCAGACCUUGAUGGUCACAAGGGACUUCACAAUGGUGCAGGACUCAUCUACAUUCUUUAAUUUUCAGGUUUCACUUCUUCAGCUGGCCGCUUUUCUUCUACCUUGUUAUGUAAUGGCUCGGACAUGGUACAUGAUACAAUGCCGAAGAAGGAGGCAGGGUUAAGAUAGACGAUGUUUGGUGGCAUGGCCUUUUGCUGCCUUUGUCGUCUCUAAUGUCUCUUAGGAGCAAAUGCUGUUGUACGUCAACCUUCUCUUUUAAAAGAUAACUGUAUUUAUCUUCCAAGCCAAGGUGCAAUGUUAAAGCUGGCACUUUGGUCCUGCAAAUCCCUUUAGCUCUUUGAGCUACAUGUAAGCUCUUCUCUUCGUUUCUCCUAGCCGCGAACUCGGAAGCAAAUGUAAAUGUGAGGAUUUGGGUUCACAGGCUGUUUUUAUCACCUUGGUUCUGUAAUCUCAGUUAUUGGAUGCCAUUAAAACAAAUGGCAAUCCAUAUGAAAUUUCGAAUGGAACAGUAAGAGUUAUCUACAUUUUGUUGAGGAUAACAUGUUCAAUUCCCACUUUGUGGGAUUAGAUA